AAAUCAGUAAAACGCGGGUUGAGAAAACAUCACAACACUCCUCUUAUUGGUUUUGGUUGGUGUCACAUAAUGGCAUCCAAAAAGCCGUUAAGUAUACGUAAAGUAGAGAAAACAGCUUCAAGUGAGGCAAAAAAUGUAUCUACUGAAAAUGAGGCCAGCGGUGGAAAUAACAGUGGUGCAAGGAGGAAAACCAAAGCGUCGGGCACAAUUGUAAAGUCUAGGUACAUGCAAACUGAAGCAAAGGUUCCUGCAAAGAGCAGUGUACAGCAGUCAACGCUGCUGCCACCCAGACCGUCCUCUCCCAGAGUAAGCAACCUGCGAAAGCCAAGGGAAGGUGUAUCGUCAAGACGUACAAUAAGCUCUCUGACAGACAUUGACUCUACCUUGGGCACCAGCAUUAUCGAUUCCUCGAAUGUCUUACAGUCGACAGCCUUAGAUGGCCACUGCCAUCCAAUGUGUCCGGAUUUUGAUGUGUCUGUCAUUAAAGAAAAAGUUGUGCAGCCAGACACAGCAGACCCCAAGAAUGAAGAAAGGGACAUGGCGAUGGAGACAUUUAUAUUGGCCUUCAUUACUGCUAAGAUUCAGCAUAACACCCGAAAACUGAGAGAGGAGGCUGAGAGGAAUAUUCUGGCUGUGAUGGAGAAAGAGCAGCAGUUAUCUGCUCAAGUUAAUCGCAAGAAACGGCAAUAUCUGCUGCUGGAGAAGCAGAAACAGCUCAACAGUUUACUGGACUUACAGAUUGAGGCUUUAGCUCCUGUUGCUGCUGCAGCAAACACAUUUACAGAGGAGUACAAGUCAUUUGCCACAGCCGUUGAUGCCACGAGACACAAGCUUCCUGUGAAGAACGUACACAUCGGAGAGGACGCAGGCCAGUUUUUAGACAAAGCUGUUGAAUGUCUGAAUCAGAGUGAGCGUGUCUUGCAACACUACACAAAGGACAUUCCCACUGAUUGUGAGGCUUCAACAGCGAGUCUUAGAGAGAUGAAAGAUACAGCUAGUGAAAUCAGCCAACAGUUGACAAGGACCGUUUCGGAUCUUCUGGAGGUGUCUUCCUUAGUAAGCCGGGAGACUGUUUUGAUCCAGCAGUCAUUGGAGGAAGACAAUAUGGGACAGAGCACAGCCCAGACACUCUUCAGUACCUCCAUGUCAUAAUAUGUUGUAUGAAAAUCACAUCUGUGUACAAUUAAAUAAUUAAAGAUUAAGCGUCAACGAAUUGUAGGUAUUUAUUUCAUAUAUUGCUGCAGAAUGAUUAAAGGAAAUUGUCAUGCAUUAAUUCAGACAGGCAAUGGAGUGUUUGUUUGUUUUUUGUUUUUCUCAAAGAACAGUAUUGAUUCAUAUGUGUAUUAUAUCAAGAUAAAGCUUUUUUUUAGUUAAGAAAUGGCUACUUACUUGUUAAAUUUAUUUUUAUGGUCUAGAUUGUU